AUGCAAGCCUGUGUCAACAGUCCGUUCGAGACAUGGUUGCCGCUGAUUGAUUUCACCGCCACCGCUUUCAUGUUCGACCUCGGUGGGAAUGUUGUCAUCAAAAGUCCCUUCCUUUGGACCAAUCCCACACCGUUUCACGAGAAAGUGAUGGAAGACAACAUUGCAAGCAUCGAGAAGGAGAAGGAAAUCCUUAGUGUCUUGCGGCAAGAGCCUCAUCCAAACAUCGUACACACUAUAGUGUUAUCGCAGCAAGGGAUCUUCCUAGAGCGUUUGGUCAUGUCAUUGAGUCAACGCUUGAAAGGACCUGCUCUACCCAUCAGCCCUCAGCUCAAGGUUCGCUGGAUACAGCAGAUCGUCAACAACAUCCUGCUCGACGAACGAGCAAACAUCAAACUCAUCGACUUCGACUGCACCGUCAAGUAUGGCGACGCGUUGAUCGCAGCAACGACUCCUUUUGCAAAGCUCGAUGGAAACCUCAAUACACCGUUGGCAGGCGCGGAAAGCGAGACUUUCGCCAUCGGGUCUUGCAUUUACAAUAUCCACUUCGAUUAUUCGCCCUUGCCUGAACUGGAGGAUCGAGAGCUGGAUGAGAAGUGGAGCAAGCAUGAGUAUCCGUCCACAGGCGAUGACGAGCUCGGUGUGAUCAUCCGGAAAUGUUGGAACGGCGAGUUUGAAUCUCUAGCGGCGCUCGACGCUGUCGUCAAGUCGCUGCGCAGCGAUGGGAACCGGAGAGCAUGGUCUCGCUGCAACGAGUCGGCAAAGUGA